UUAGAGACUGACCAGUUGCAGUCCUAAGCAUCAAUGGGAAGAUUCAAACAAACAAUACUAAAUGAAUUUAAAUAACAAUGAUUAUUGUGUAUCUUCAUCAAGAUGUAUUCAGAAAUAAUCAUAUCAAUUUAAUGAGAUUUCAGUAUAAAUGAAGUAAAGUAUUUAAAAUGCUUCACUGAACAAUGAUUGUUAGAACAAUCAUUUAAAAUAGGUCCCUUCUCUGAAUUUCAUGCUUUUUAAUGUUUCUAUGCAUUGUAAGAUGAAAAAACAAAUCAUAUCAAAUAUAAUAUCACAUAAGUAUAGGUGAUUUGUGUAAAUAUUUGAGGAAAACAAUACAGUUGAGAAAAGGUAAUAGGUAUCUUAUCACUCUGAACAUUAUCAUGCAUUAAUGAUCACAGGGAACGACUCAAAGUGAGUAUAAAUUCUUUCUAUAAACAUAAUGAAAGUAUGAGUUUUCUCAUAUCUUGAACGUUUCAUUGUUAAGUUUUCAAAACUGUUUUUAAAGAAAUUCUUUGGUCUUUUCACGUGAAAUCUACCACUGUCCAGGAACGUGGUUCUAUUCUCUUUCUAUCCGUCUGAGAAUACGACUGCAUUUAAUUCUGAAACUAACAAGGGAUGUGUUUCACCACCCACGAUAACAUGGUUCCGCUACUCUUCCUUAUGUUUGUCCUUACCCGUGAUUUGAUAGGUUAACGUGAUGGGAUGUGACGUAAUCAACUAUGAAAUGUCGAGACCUUUAUGAUAAAUACAGGUUUAUUCUUAUUAAUGAGGUUCAUUUUGGAAGUAUAGUUUAUCUCGUUCACGGCUGUGACUUGCGUACUGAUGAUCCAAUGUGACGUCAUUUUGUAUUUACAAAGCUUAUUCAAGAACCAAUUCAUCACAAAAUUCGUAUCUCAAAUAACUGAUAUAUCGUACGUUUAUAUCCUAAAUACGUUCAAAUUUCUGAUGAGCACACUCGUUUAUGACUAAAAAUCAUCAGCGAAAAGUACUUUCAAGGGGCUGCCCGUAGCAACACCGUCGGCCUGUUACAAAUGUCAAUAUUGAAAUGGGAAGUCAACUUUUACAGUACAUAAUAAAACUAUCAAUUUCAGUAGAGUUGGGCUAGUGUGGAAAAGCAAAGAUAUGCAUGAUAUACAGCAACAUAAAAUAUCAUACAUAGUCUUUACUUUAACCUCAGUUUUUUCAAGAUCACUAAUUUCAAAUAUUUUUUGGAGAAAACUCACAUUCAUCAAAGACUGAACUUCGAAGUUUCAUUAUUCAUUUCACUAGCUGUUGUAUACUUGCAAGACAUAUAAUUGAUACCAACCCUAGCGAAAUUGUACAUUUGUAAUUACUAAGUAAUCUGUACCAGUUUAGGACUUCAAUAUAAGGGUAUGGAAAUCCUCAGAUUAACGACUAGAAAUGUUGCUAUGAAACGGAUAGAAAUCUCGAAUUCAAAAGAUCAAUGUUAUUUGGGUAACCCUAAAUCUAUUUCAAUGAUUUAGGGUGUGACAAAUUAAUACCUCUCGUAGUUUUGAUUCGUCUGAGCUUUCAUUCAUUUGAUCUUAUCUAGUUUACAUGUAGAAUUGUGUUAACUAGGAUAUCAGUGAUUAAUCCAUUUCUGCAGUUUAACUUUAUCUCAUCAACACACUUUCAACAUUCAUACUGCAUAAAGUUUCACGCAUAUUAGUAUGUGAAAAUUGAUUGUUUAUUGGAAUAUUUAUUUAUAUGAUGUUUUCGAAGUAAAUUUGUUAUAGAUUACAUCUACUGAAAGUUUGUUCGUUGAAAAUCAAUUUGGUGCAUGGAAAACCAUUGAUAACUGUUCUCUUCGCUAACAGUGUUUCAACCAAUUACUGAAUAGAAAAACUUUUUCAACACGCACUUGGUAUCUAUCCACCGGAGAAGUAUAUGUUUAUGGCUCUAAUGUCAAUUUAUGGAAUAAUGGCUACUGUGAGUCAAUGGAUUUGGUGUUGGAAAGCUGGCCUUCAAAUAACAAAAAUAAGAAGAUCAAUAAUUCUUCAUUUUAUACUUGUAAUUGUUUUCAUUUUUAUGACGAUAGCUGGGAUGAGCAUAAUUGGACUUUCUUUUGUUAACACAAAAGAGAACAACGCUGAACAUUAUCGUUUGACUUUAGUGAAUUUCAUUUGUCAUGUUAUUGCAAUUCCUUGUGGAGCAGUUGUAAUCGCCUGCCUUUCAAACAAAUGGAUGUUAUUUUGUUUCGGAAGACUAUUUGUUGUUAUUCAAAUGGUACUGGGAUCUGCUUCAUUUGUACAUUUUAACAUGAUUGGACUUAAAGUUUUAAAAGCGAAAGAUUUCUUCUACAUCAAACCUUAUGAAUCGGGUUAUAUUGAAUUCGUAUGGAGUGCAGUAAGCGAGUGGUGCGUUGUUAUGGGUUGUGCAGAAUUAACAUUUAUCAUAGCUUUGGAACUCUAUGAUUUUGAAAAAUCGGUUGUCAAUUUAGAAGGAAGUCGAUAUCUAAAUGUGUAAUCGGUUAAAAAAACCAAAGUUAUGAAGAAUUUAUUUUGAGAGAUCUGUUGAUGAAAGUUUUAUCAAGAUCCAGAAUUUCUGGUUAAAGAUAUUGCACAUAACUGACCAUUUAAAACCUCUUAGCUGAAAUAUGUAAAGCUCAUAAAAGUUAGAAAUUGUGUUAGGGAAUUCAAACAUUCAUUUUGGUUUUAUCAACACUAUUUAUCAAAUGUUUUCUAUGGAAAUAUUAAUUGUAUAUUGUGUCAACUAUGAACUUGUAGUUAUCAAAAUGUUUUGAUGACAAUAACUUGUACAGUAUUGGGGGAUUAUUUAAGUAUCAAAUAAAAUAAAUAUUUCCAAUAAAUG